AUGCUGGUGGCGCAACUUGGCAGGUACGCAGAACAGCUCCAGAAGCUUGACCUGCUGGACGACGACGCGUUCGAGAAGGUCCGCAGCUUCACGAAGCAGGCCGUGCCGUCGGCACGGAUCGGCAUCAGAAGAAGGAUGAGAGAGGCCCAACCUGGAGGCGUCGAAACAGGCGGCGAAGAUGGGGGACCAGGCUUCGAGUUCAGCGAAGCGGAGCUGGACCAGUUCGAGGCCUCGUUGAAUUUCAAUGUUGGGCACUCCACAGGCCCAGGCUCGUCGAAGGCUCCAGGCCUGAGCGGCCACAGGGAGAGGGUCCUCUUCCGGAAAAGGCGCCUCGUCGCCAACGCCGGACCGGUGCCGUGCUGCUGCCGGUGCUCGCUCAGAGUCGUGUCGUAUGAGCCGGCCCGCGCGCUGCGGCUCUACCAGCACGCCAAGCUCCUCGCCGUGGCGCACCACGACGCGGCCGCGGAGGAGAGGUAUCUAUCUUCGGCAAGACUCGCGGCCUCACAUCGCCGACAACGUCUUGCUGCGCACGCCUUGACGCGGCUGGCCUACUUCUACCUGCUCCGCGGGCGUCACCAGGAGGCCCUCACGCAGGCGAGCGAGGCCUUGACGCACGCCACCGACCCGCUGGCGCAGUACAUUCAGGCCACUCAGCGCCGCGGCUUGGGGCUCCUGCGUACCGAGGAGGACGCCAAGUUCGCGGAGGAGCAGCUCGCGCAGAUUGCAGGGAAGCUGCCCUCCCAGGCGCUCGAGGAGAAGCGGCAGGCCGCCUGGGAGGAGUUGAACUCGUGGCGCCAAGCGGCCGAGGGCGGCAUCGCCGCCUGCCUCGGCAUGUCCGACGCCGCCAGGGUCCUCAUCUGUGGCUUCUGCAAGAUUGCGUUCGGCGUAUUCCCACCGGGCUUGACGGAGGACAACAACAACCUCCUUGGAGUGGCUGGGCAGGACUGA